AUGGCCACGACCACAGCCUCCGGCUCUGGCGCCGAGGCGAGUGCCCCCAAACCGCGCAUGCGCAACGACAAGCGACGCGCAGCCAACUUGCUUCGCGACUACUACGGUCUUUCCUCGGAUGCUCCAUCCGCCUCGAGCUCUCCAUCGCUCGACUCCACCGCGGGCGAUUCCAAGAAGAAGGGCGCGGGACCGGACGUCGAUCUCAACUCGCUGCUGCGCUCCAACAGCCUCAGCGUGCUGCUUGGCAAGGAGUCCGAACUCAUCGUCCAGAUCCGCGAACUCGACGGCGAACGCCAGAGCCUGGUCUACAACCACCACCACGAGCUCGUCGCAGCAAGCGACACAAUACGCAACAUGAAGCUCAGAUCAGAGUCGCUCGAUCCGUCGCUCGACUCGCUCAAGUCGUGCUUCGAAUCCAUGUCCACCCUCUCGUCGCAUCUCGACUCGCUUCGUCCAAAGCCACCGCAGCCAUCCACACACCCGACCAUAGACGACGACGGGCAAGCGCUACGCGAUCUCGACCUCGAACCCAUCGUCACACUCCCAACCAGCCUUGCAGAUCUCAUCGAGUGCCGUCAUGCCGGCGCAGACACCGACGCCGCACCAGCUCCUCUGCAACCAGAUGCCGAGGCGAGAAGAGCCGGCCUGGCGCAGGCAGAGCAUCUGUGGGGCACAAUGGAACCCGUGCUUGCUGCAUGGACCGAUGCCGGCGUCAGCGGCGUACGCGAAGUGGCCGCCGAAUGCAGAGCGCUGCUCAAAGACGGCCGCAAAGCGCUCUCGUCGCCAGCAGCCUCCUAG